GAGCGGGAGCGGCACCCGCGGCGGCGGCGGCGCGGUUGGAGGCAUGGGCCGGAGCUGACAGCGCCCGCCCCGCACACGCCGAGCGUCUGCCGUGCGGGGAGGGGAAAAGUUGACCCGCGGCCGCUCGGGAAACUUUCUGUCCGCCGUCUGCGGAGCGGAGCCGUCCGGUGCUGGUCGGGUCGCGCAGCGGAGCGCGCUGAGACGGCGGGGGGGCCAUGCCCGCCUCCAGCCUGCUGCCGCUCUUCGGUAGCGCGGCGGGGCCGGGCGCGCUGGGCGGUCCGGCGAGCGGCGGUGCGAGCGGCGGGGGCAGGAAGGCGGCGGGCCCCGGCGCGUUCCGGCUGACGGAGAAGUUCGUGCUGCUGCUGGUGUUCAGCGCCUUCAUCACCCUCUGCUUCGGGGCCAUCUUCUUCCUGCCCGACUCCUCCAAGCUGCUCAGCGGCGUCUUCUUCCACUCGACCGCCCUGCAGCCCCCCCCGCCGCCGCCGCCCGGUUUCCAGCCGCGCGCCCCGCCGCAGCCCGGUGCCGGCCCGGCGAUGCCGGAGGAGGCGGGCGGGGCGGGCAGCCUGGAGCGGAUCCGCGCGGACCACGAGCGGGCCCUGCGCGAGGCCAAGGAGACGCUGCAGAAGCUGCCCGAGGAGAUCCGCAGGGACAUCCGCCAGGACAAGGAGAAACUUCUGCAGGACGCCCGCGGCAGGAAGGAGGCGGCCGCCGCCGGGCUUCCCCAGCGCCCGUUCCAGCAGCCCGUGGGCGCCGUGGGACGAGAGCCCGCAGAUCCCGCCGUGCGACAGCGGAGGGACAAGAUCAAAGAGAUGAUGAAAUAUGCCUGGGAUAAUUAUAAGCGUUAUGCAUGGGGAUUAAAUGAACUGAAGCCCAUAUCUAAGCAAGGACAUUCAAGCAAUUUAUUUGGUAGCAUUCAAGGAGCAACAAUUGUGGAUGCCCUUGAUACACUGUACAUCAUGCAAAUGAAAGAGGAAUUCAAGGAAGCCAAAGAGUGGGUUGAAAAAAACUUAGAUUUCAAUGUGAAUGCAGAAAUUUCAGUAUUCGAAGUGAACAUCCGUUUCGUUGGUGGACUACUUUCAGCUUACUAUCUUUCAGGAGAAGAGAUUUUCCGGAAGAAGGCAGUAGAGCUUGGAGAGAAAUUACUGCCUGCUUUCAACACUCCCACUGGGAUACCUUGGGCAUUGCUUAAUAUUAAGAGUGGAAUCGGUCGAAAUUGGCCCUGGGCAUCUGGUGGCAGCAGCAUUUUGGCAGAAUUUGGGACUUUGCAUCUGGAAUUUGUACACUUGAGCCACCUGUCUGGGAACCCUGUCUUUGCUGAAAAGGUAAUGAAUAUUCGAAAAGUUCUAAGUCGACUGGAUAAACCAGAAGGUCUUUACCCCAACUAUUUGAAUCCCAGCAGUGGCCAGUGGGGUCAGCACCAUGUCUCUAUUGGAGGGCUCGGAGACAGCUUCUAUGAGUACCUCAUCAAGUCAUGGCUGAUGUCAGACAAAACAGAUGAAGAAGGCAAGAAAAUGUAUUAUGACGCUGUUCAGGCCAUAGAGACCCAUCUCAUUCGAAAAUCAAGUGGAGGACUGACAUACAUCGCUGAGUGGAAGGGUGGACUGCUCGAACACAAGAUGGGACAUCUGACUUGUUUUGCUGGAGGCAUGUUUGCUCUAGGAGCAGAUGGAGCACCUAGUGACAAGACAGGCCAUCACAUUGAGCUUGGUGCUGAAAUUGCUAGAACUUGCCACGAAUCCUACGAUCGUACAAGCAUGAAACUGGGGCCAGAAGCAUUCAGAUUUGAUGGUGGAGUUGAGGCCAUUGCUACAAGACAAAAUGAAAAAUACUACAUCCUACGACCUGAAGUCAUAGAGACCUACAUGUACAUGUGGCGGCUUACUCAUGACCCAAAGUACAGGCAGUGGGCAUGGGAAGCUGUAGAGGCACUGGAAAAACAUUGCAGAGUAGAUGGUGGCUAUUCCGGUAUUAGAGAUGUUUAUAGUAAUCAUGAAAGCCAUGAUGACGUGCAGCAAAGUUUCUUCCUUUCGGAGACACUCAAAUACUUAUAUUUGCUAUUUUCUGAUGAUGAUCUUCUUCCAUUUGAGCACUGGGUCUUCAAUACAGAGGCUCAUCCCUUCCCUAUUCUUCGCAAAGAGAGUAAAGAAGAAAAAGAAAAAUAGAUCAAGUUUUAACUUGUUUCAUUCCUUAUGUUUCUUUCCAGGACUGGGCGUGUGAUUUUAUUUUAAAUCCUUGAGUUAAAUUCUUAAAUCAAGCGUUUUGCAGUCUGUUUUCUUUAACAGUAAAUAUUUAUGAAUGGACCCAAACUAAUAAAAAUUCAGUCAUUAAUUGAACCACUUUUUAGAUAAGAAAUACAACAUCUGUCCAGAUUUUGUUAGUCUGCAGUGUAAUCUUGGCCAAAAUGAGCAGAGGGUCAGCAUGCUACUUGUUUCCUGUUAUACUUUUCAUUUGACUGCAAAAUUUUUUCUCCUCCAUGAGGAGAUGUCUGCUUUAAGCUGUAAUAUUUUGCCAUGUUGCAAAAAGCCAUAUUGAAUUAAGUAUAUAAAGAGCUUUUUUCUUUUCCUUUUUUUGUUCUAUGUUGAUUUGUUUUGUGUGUCAUCCAAGACAAAUAUUGUGACUGUGACAGCCUCUUCUUAUGCGGGUCUAUCAUUACUUGGUGAAGUAUCUGAUGUAUUUCAUUGUCAAUUAAGUCUACAUAGGAAUAUUUUCAUCUCAUGCAGACACAACUCUGAAACUGCAGUAUGUGUUGGAGUUAGUCUCAACUAGUCUUAUGAGUUUAGCACAUUAUUUAGCACACUAGUUUUUCAGGUUUUUAUUAGAAUAUUACUGUAGAGUAAAUAGUUUCUUCCCUUUUCUAAGUGGAGUAAUCCUGAUGCCUUUAGUCAGGCCAAUAUGGAGUAAAAUAAGAUAAUCAUUUCUUAUUAAGAAAAGGAGAUUUGCCAUCUUUAUGUUUUUUAAUCCAGUAGCUUUCAUUCGGUUAGAUGGUAAAAAGACAAAGUAAAGCUACUAAAUGCAUUUAUCCCUGAAGUUAAACUGAGAAUUAUACCAGAGACAGUUUGGUUUUCUGUGACAUUCUCAUGCACUCAGACUGGUUCAGACUUGACACUAGUCUUUGUACUUGAUUGUCAUAAAGCAAUUUAAUGUAUCUUUAUGAAUAAAAUCAUAUUCAGAUGCCUGGAAAAAAACUCAUCUCCUGCAGAGAGGAAAUUAUCCAGCACAGAACUAAAACUUACUGAAAGCACCUACUCUGGCUUCUUUAAGUGACAGAAAUGCAUUAUGUUGUAAAAUUGUCCUUAGAUUAUAAGCCUAGUUUACUAAGAAAGGUAACAGUUUUGCCAAAAAAGUUUUACUUUAUGGUAUCACCAAAGGGAAAAGAAUCAGGCACAAUCAAUACCUUAUUUUACUUAAAUGUAGCUUGGAGUGUCUUACAUUGUUUUUAAGUCUACAAAUGUUUUCACUCAGUGAAAGAAUGAAUUUUAUACAUUUUGAGUAGGGUAUAACACCUGACUGCCCAUUCUGAGAAAGUGCAUUAUGAACUGAUUUGACUGCAACUAAACAAAUGGCUCUGAUCAGUUAUCACUUUUAAACCUUGUACGCUGUCCAUCUCGCAUAUCCAGGGUAGCUAAUCAGAGCUGAGGAAAUGUGUUUGUUUAGGCAUUACAGAGUACAUUUUACCACUUUUUUCUAUACUGAUUGAGGUCUGUAGUGUAGGCUUUACUUAUGUAGAAGCCAAAAGCAAAGAUAACAUCACAUAUAUUUUUAUAAACAUGGGAGGCUGACCCAUAAACUUUUCCCUCUGGAGUGUGUAAGAUAGCACUGCCUGUCUGGUUCCACUGCAGACAGAGAAGACAGUCUGCCAUGUGAGCUGCCAAAGACAUUUCUACAGGGGGCAAAGCAAGAGUAUCUCCAGUGACACUGCUUCUUCUUUCAAAGGCCUGGCAGAGCUGUGCAGUCAUACAUGGAAGUUAACAGAAGGACUCUACUGAGCCUCUGUGACCCAGAGCAGGGAGAAUGAAUAUGAAUAUAAAUAUAUACACAGCUGCCUACUAUAAAGCCUGCUGGAUGGAAUCAGCAAGUUGCCUUGAAAUUUUUUUGCUCUUGUGCAAAAGUAUUAUAUUUUUAAGUAUGGAUUCUCUCAUGUCACAGUAACAGCGUGAGAAAAGUGAAGAAGGAAUCCUUGGCCCUCCUCUGUUGAAAAGCAGAAUUCCUGCUUAUGUUAAUAAUUCAGGAUUUGUAACCAUGAAGUACUGGAGUAUUCAUUAUAUUUUGUCAGAAACUGUGUUUAUAAGGGAGCUUUUUUCCCCCCGUUACAACAGAGAAAUGAUAGCUAUCUCUCUUGCUAAAUACACAAUUAUCUUUCCCCUUAAAAGAAAAAAGAUUAUACUUUUGUCUUAUUUAUCUUUAUGCCUACCACGUGAUAGCGCACACACUGCUAUAGGCCCCACAUCGGUUAAAUAACUUCAAUAACUCAGACAGAAGCGGUCUCUGAGAAAUGCAUUUUGUAACCCUCUUUUUACAUGUUUUUCUGAACCACAGUAUGCUUCCCCCCUGAUGUGUCCAGCAGUCUUGUGUUUAUUUAAUAAGCUUCAGAGAAACAGUGGAGAACCUGAUAAGCUCUUCUUGUUUCAAAAAGCGGGCAAACACAAAACUGUUGUAUGCAUUGGGUCCUACAUGCUUAAAUACGUGUCAUGACUGUUUACUUGUAAUACAGACACUCAGUGUGAGUAUUUUUUAGUUUGAUAGUUAUGAUUAUUUGAAAGAGCACAAAUUUGAUGUGACUGGUAUUGGUAUUCAGGUUGUAUGUACAAACUGCACUAUACUGUACUUUUUGUAAAGAAAUGUAAGUAGACGAGAAGAUUGUACAACGUGUAGAUCUGCCAACUGUAAGAAAACUUUUCAUAAACUGAGAAUAUAUUGAUUUUAUUUUUAUUUUUUUUAAUAACCCCAGAACACCAAAGCGAGUGUAAUCAUUUUGAAACAGUCACUGCUUACCAGUGGUUGUUAGAUUGCUGAGAUAACAUUCAUGUUAUUUCCCAUUCACUUAACUAGCUGUGUGAAAGUGGCUAGCAAUGGUUGCUUUAUGUCCCCACUCAUUCAUAAGAGCAAAAGAAAUUGCAUUAUGGAGGGGUAUAAUUUUUGCAUAAACACACCCGCCUAUCCUCUUUCCAUUUCUGUGUAGCAAAAUAACACAUCUAAAUCUGCAUAUGUUAAGUCCUAAGAAAUAAAUCCUUUUAAAAGACAACCAUACUGUUUCGUAGAAAAAAACAAACAAACUUGUUCUGAUCAUUUGUGAGAUAUGUAUUGCAUAUUUGUUGAUUAUACACAGAUUUUUGCAACAUCCUAUGGCUCACUGUUUCUAUGGUGACUCUAUCAUACACAUUUUCCAUUUCUGAGACAUUUAAAUUGGUUUUGAUUUGUACAUAUUCCAUUUAGUCUUCUCAUCUUUAUAUAAAUCCUGAAAUGAUGGAAUACGUAAUAGAUCAAGAUGCUUAAUUUUUAAGAACUUAUAUUUGUAAAAAUUUCUCUAUUGUGAAUAAAGUCUUUUAAUAUA